AUGGCUGUCGGUCUCGUUGCCAAUGGCAAAAAGCGCAAGCAGGCGCCGGUAGAAGAACCUGUCGUCGAGGCUCUCCCUCAGGUUGGUCUGGAUAUGCACAGCGACGAGGAGGCGGAGGAUGGGGUGGAAGGUUCGGAUGAUGAGGGUGUCGAUGAGUUUCCGGAGAUAGAUGCGAGGAGUGAUAGUGAGGGAGACGACGAAGGAGAUGAGGAGGAUGAAAUCGAGGGAGAGGAUGAGGAAGACAACGAAGGUCCCGAAGAGAGCGAAGAAGAUGACGAUACUUCGACGGAUGACGAUCUUCACAUCUUCCCCAAAUCUAAAACGGUGAUAUCAGACAUCACUGGCCAACCAAAGAAGGUCUACCCGGAGAUAGAGCCCGACUACGAUUCAGACUCGUCCACAGAGGAUGCACCCAAUCGUGUCGGUGACAUUCCAAUGCACUGGUAUGACGACUUGCCGCAUGUAGGGUAUAGUAUUGAGGGGAAGAAAGUGCUCAAACCAGCAAGAGGAGACGAACUCGACAAGUUCUUGCAGACAGUAGAUGAUCCCUCCGCAUGGACUUCGGCGUUUGACAAGAAUACGCAGAUGGAUAAACCCCUCACUGCGGAAGAACUCGACAUCAUCCGUCGUUUACAAGCACAUGAAAACCCGGAUGCGGAGUAUGACCCUUAUGAACCUACCGUCGAAUGGUUUACGGGUAAGGGUAAAGAGGAGAUUAUGCCGUUGUCUGGCGCUCCUGAGCCCAAACGGAGAUGGGUGGCCAGUAAAUGGGAAAAGCAGAAGAUCAUGAAAAUCGUGCGUGCGAUCCGCCAAGGCCGUAUUGUCCCCUCAAAACCAAAAACCGCAUCCACCCAACCACAAUUCUACGCCAUCUGGAACGAAGCCCCGUCCGCACACGCUCCACCACUUCCUGCUCCCAAGCCUCGCCUACCUACCAAUGCCGAAUCAUAUAAUCCCCCAGAAGAGUACUUACCCACCGAAGAAGAACGUAAGGAAUGGGAAGCCACCGACAAAGAAGACCGUGAACGUGACUUCCUACCACAAAAGUACUCCUCGCUUCGACUCGUUCCCGGAUACGACCAGUUCAUACAAGAGCGGUUCAGUCGUCAGCUGGAUCUCUACCUCGCACCCCGGAUACAGCGUGCAAAACUCAACAUUGAUCCUAAUAGUCUCAUUCCGAAGUUGCCUAGCCCGAGUAGUCUGCGUCCUUUCCCUAAUUACAGGAACUUGAGGUUUCCCCACACGAAGGGUCGUGUGAGGUGUCUGAGCGUUAGUCCCGACGGUGCAUGGACUGUCAGCGCAGAUGAGGAGGGCGUGGUCAGUUUAUGGGAGGUGACGGUCGGCCGAGAACUCAAGCGGUGGAAUAUGGGUGAGAUGGUUGGUGCGAUUGAAUGGUGUCCAAGGACAGACGUCAGCUACUUCGUCGUUGGAACUGACGAGAAACUGCAUUUUAUCAUACCACCAAACGUGCCUCAGACAAUUCUAACCGCCACCCAAAAUCUCCUCGCACCAGCAACGCUGCCGCCAGCACCUGCAGCUCCAUCACCAAUCAAAUGGACCAAUCCUCCUUCCGCUUCUUCCAUUUCCAGCGAGAAACCCAUCUUGUCCGUCGGUCUCCCGCAAUCGUCCGGAGUGCCCAAACAAAUAUCAUGGCAUCGUAAGGGCGAUUACUUCGCCACAGUCUUGUUCUCAUGCGGAGUUGUUGGAUCAGCGAACGGCGAGGGCGUCGGUGGCGUCUGGAUUCACCAAAUUUCCCGUCGCCAUUCCCAAGCGCCUUUCAGAAAGGUCAAGGGAGCUGUACAGCUGGUAUUAUUCCAUCCGACAAAACCUCAAUUCUUCGUAGCCACCCAGCGUCAUGUCCGGGUCUACAACCUCGCCGAGCAGAAGCUGCUGAAGACCCUGAUGCCUGGCAGCCGAUGGAUCUCGUCAAUGGACGUGCAUCCCUCAGGAGACCAUAUUAUUGUCGGUGGCUACGACCGCAAACUUUGCUGGUUCGAUCUCGAGCUCAGCGACAAGCCUUACAAAAUCAUGCGGUACCAUUCGCGCGCAAUCCGCUCCGUCCAAUUCCACCCCACCUACCCAUUAUUCGCGUCCUCUUCAGACGAUGGCUCCAUCCAGAUCUUCCACUCUCGAGUAUACAACGACCUCAUGACGGACCCGUUGAUCGUGCCCUUGAAGAUCUUGAGAGGGCAUGAGGUUAAAGAUAACCUUGGUGUUCUACAAAUCAAGUGGGUCCCGAGGCAGCCUUGGCUGGUCAGUGCUGGGGCGGAUAGCAAUGUUGGCGUGUGGUGUAGUUAG